ACCUGCAGGGGGCAGUAUUGGCACACCAAUUGCUUGUCAGCCGUGGGAGUUGAUGGAGAAACUCAGCAACAGCCUUCCACAUUCUAAUGAGAUCCAAUACGACGCUGUCAAAGAGGGAUCCAUUUAGGCCAUCCUGGGUGUCAGGACAGACCGAUUCCCUUGGAAGUUAAACUGCAACAGUCACUUAAGACUCGAGCGCUCUUUCCAGUCGGCUACGACGUCCCUCGUCGCCACCCGGCCACGAGGAAAAAGAAGAAAAAAAAAAGGUCAAAGCAAUUUAUAUGUGACACAUCGACUUUGAUCGCUUUGUCAUCGCCUUGGGGGCCGAACUCGCCUCUCUCACCGGUACCGCCGCCUCCAACGGCACGUACUUAUUGACACAGACAGAUGGGCGCACGUGGACGCGCACGUACGUGCACACACGUCAACUGCAGUUUGCAUGAGCAGUCUGCUGAGAGCGCGCUGUCAUCAACCACAAGAAGCAUCACAAGUCUUGAGGGGGUGCGUCAAACACGAGGGUUCUGAGCUCCAGGACCGGAAUGGCCAAAGAAGGACAGCUUGAAGAAUCGGCCAGAGUUGAACGCACCACCGCUGGUUGCUCUCCAACAAGGACGAUCGAUGACUGCUGCAGUCAGAACUGGCCGAAGAGAACACUAAAACCAGGAAAACUAAUGUGGUGAUCACCACCAGCGGAGGGCCAAUGCCCAAGCACCCUCUUAUUGACCUUCCUCACUGUUUUGAUGACGAUCCCAAAUUUUUGGGACGAGCUAGCGGUCUGUGACUCGAGGAUAAGGCGAGGGUCUCCGCCAUUGUCAUCCGAACGACGAGGUUUAGCCUCAUGUCGCUUCUCUCGCUCCAUUUCAGGUCUUCAGUCUGGUGUGCACAAAUUGGUCACUGGGUGGCAGUAUAAAAUAGUCAUGCGAACAGAAGAAGACUAUCACCCUACCACGCGCCCCGGGGAGCGGAAAAUUGGCUCCUCCGUCAUGGGCCACGACCCUGCUAGAGACGCACGGAGAGGAGCGAGGAGGUCCCCGCCGGAGAUGCUCACCCUGCCGGUGCUGCUGCCGCUUCUGCUCCUGUCCACGGUCCGCACCAGCCUGGCUCAAGUGGACGAUGACUUUAUAGGUCUCAGCGAGUUGCCGGAAACCUUCCCCUCGGACCCCCCUGAGCCGCUGCCCGUGUUCCUGAUGGAGCCUGAGGAGGCCUACAUCGUCAAGAACAAGCCAGUCAACUUGUACUGCAAAGCCACGCCGGCUACGCAGAUCUACUUCAAGUGCAACAGCGAGUGGGUUCACCAGAAGGAGCACACGGUGGAGGAGCGCGUGGACGAGAACUCUGGUCUGGUGGUGAGGGAAGCCAGCAUCGAGAUCACUCGCCAGCAGGUGGAGGAGCUCUUUGGACCCGAGGAUUUCUGGUGCCAGUGUGUGGCCUGGAGUUCGGCUGGGACCACCAAGAGCCGCAAAGCUCACGUCCGCAUCGCCUACCUAAGGAAGACUUUUGACCAAGAACCGCUGGGGAAGGAAGUGUCACUGGAACAGGAAGUGUUGCUCCAGUGUCGCCCACCUGAAGGCAUCCCAAUGGCUGAGGUGGAGUGGCUGAAAAACGAGGAGGUGAUCGACCCCGCCGACGACAGGAACUUCUACAUCACCAUCGACCACAAUCUGAUCAUCAAGCAGGCGCGUCUCUCCGACACGGCAAACUACACGUGCGUGGCCAAGAACAUCGUGGCCAAGCGACGGAGCACCACUGCCACCGUCAUCGUCUACGUAAAUGGCGGCUGGUCGACAUGGACCGAGUGGUCGGUGUGCAACAGCCGCUGUGGGCGGGGCUACCAGAAACGCACACGUAGCUGCACCAAUCCGGCGCCACUCAACGGUGGCGCCAUCUGCGAGGGGCAAGGCAUCCAGAAGCUGCCGUGCAAUACUCUCUGUCCAGUGGAUGGCCUGUGGACAGAGUGGACUAAGUGGUCCACAUGUGGGACCGAGUGCACCCACUGGAGGAGGAGGGAAUGCGGCGCGCCGGCACCCAAAAACGGGGGCAAGGACUGUGAGGGCACGGUGCUGCAGUCCAAGAACUGCACGGACGGCCUGUGCAUGCAGAGUUCCUUAUAUCAGAAGUCAGCUGAGGCUAAAGGCAAGCUUGAUUUGGGAAAUACAUUGGCCCCCAGCACGGACGACGUGGCUCUCUACGUGGGCAUCGUCAUCGCUGUGAUCAUGUGCCUGGUCAUCUCCGUGGUGGUGGCGCUCUUUAUCUACCGGAAGAACCACCGUGACUUUGACUCGGACAUCUUGGACUCGUCCGCCCUCAACGGAGGCUUCCAGCCAGUCAGCAUCAAGACGGCGAGGAAAGCCGAUCUCCUCACGGCACCCCCUGAUCUGACCUCGGCGGCCGCCAUGUACCGAGGCCCCGUCUACGCCCUGCACGACGUGGCCGACAAAAUCCCCAUGACCAAUUCGCCCCUGUUGGACCCCCUGCCCAACCUCAAGAUUAAAGUGUACAAUUCGUCCGGCCUGGUGACGCCGCAGGACGACCUGGGAGGCGAGUUUUCCUCCAAGCUGUCGCCCAAGCUGCCGCACUGCCUGCUGGACAACGGCGACGGCACCAUGGGUCGGCGCACGCAGACGCUGUUGCGAUCCAGAGACCCCUCCUGCACCGCCGUGGGUUCCUUCAGCUCGCAGGGUGGACAUCUCAUUGUCCCAAACUCAGGUGUGAGUCUGCUUAUCCCAGCAGGAGCCAUCCCGCAGGGUCGCGUGUAUGAAAUGUACGUGACUGUCCAGAGGAAGGAAAGCUUGAGGCCCUCGGUGGAAGACGGGCAAGCGGUUUUGAGCCCUGUGGUGAGCUGCGGUCCGCCGGGCGGCCUGUUGACGCGCCCCCUGGUGCUCACCAUGCAUCAUUGCGCCGUGUCAGACGGCCAACAAGACUGGUUGAUCCAGCUCAAGAGCCAGUCGCCGCAGAACACAUGGGAGGAUGUGGUGGUGGUGGGCGAGGAGAACUUCACCACGCCGUGCUACGUCCAGAUGGACGACGAGGCGUGCCACAUCCUGACCGAGACUCUGGGCACGUACUGCCUGGUGGGUCAGUCGCUCAGCGCGGCCACCACCAAGCGCCUCAAGCUGGCCAUCUUCGGCCCGCUCACGUGCCCCGCCACCGAGUACCACAUUCGGGUCUACUGCCUGGACGACACGCAGGACGCGCUUAAGGAAGUUCUCCAAAUGGAGAAGCAAAUGGGCGGCAAGUUGUUGGAUGAACCAAAGACGCUCAACUUCAGCGACAGCACACACAACCUGAGACUUUCCAUUCACGACGUUCCUCACACGCUGUGGAAAAGCAAGCUGCUGGCCAAGUACCAGGAGCUCUGUUUCCAGCAAGUGUGGGACGGCUCCCAGAGGAACCUCCACUGCUGUUUCACUCUGGAGCGCUUCUCCACCGCGACUGUGGACCUGACGUGCAAAAUUUGCGUGCGCCAAGUGGAGGGGGAAGGUCAGAUCUUUCAGCUGGACACCACGCUGUCUGAGGACUCGCAAAGCAUCGACACAUCCCUGCUGGACCCGGCCAGCAACAUCACCACGCUGGUGGGACCCAACGCCUUCCGCAUCCCCGUCUCCAUCCGCCAGAAGCUGUGCGGCAGCCUGGACGCGCCGCAGACCCGCGGCAACGACUGGAGGAUGCUGGCCCACAAGCUUAACCUCGACAGGUAUCUGAACUACUUUGCCACCAAGUCCAGCCCGACGGGGGUCAUCCUGGACCUGUGGGAGGCGCAGCACUUUCCCGACGGCAACCUCAGCCGCCUGGCCCAAGUCCUGGAGGAGAUGGGACGCCACGACAGCCUCCUCCCCGCCGGCAACGAGCACUGACGUCAUCAAGGCACUUGUUCCUUCGUGUUAUUUAUGGCAUCCGUCGUCAUGGAAACAGGCCUCCACUUAUUCACAGGAAACAAUCCCGCGACGGAUGUUGAGGAAGCAUCUCGGUGUAUGGUCGCCAUGGCAACGAGUUAAACGGACUCAUGUUCUGUGAUAGUGUAGUAUUUAAUAUGAAUAAUAAUCCCAUAUAUGCUUUUGUUUUUGAAAUAAGCGCCAGUGUUGUCUUACACUACUUUGGGCGGUUUUCUAUAAUUAUUGUUUGCCGUCUUGCAUCCCACCAUUUGGUUAAAGAGGGUUGAUAAUGUGGAUUUGUUUUUCAUAUGACUGUUUGUACGUUGUGAUAAAGGAGAUGCUAAGGAGAAGUAAUUAUGUCAAAGAAAGAUCUAUUUUUCUAGGACCAAAUGUUAACAGUACAGUUGCUUUUUGCCAAAUAAUUGACACAUGUGCAAGGCUCACUUUAGAAAGUGAGAAUGCUAUUCAAAUGAAUGAUUGUCGCAUUAGUAAUAUUUGUGAAUGCAUUUUUUUGUAAAGCAGUCUAUGCAAACUUUCUUUUCCCAUGUAUUACAGGUCCUUGUGGGGAUAGCAGUUUUUUUUUUUUUAUCUUAUUAAUUUGUCGUGCGGCUUCGUGAUGCUAGCGUGUGUUAUGUACAAGCGUGGCUCCUUAUCCGGCGUGCCACUCAUCCGGUAAAGCAAUUGUAUAAAGUGUAAGAAAUGUAAUUUUUAAGACUAAUAAUAAAUUAUAUUUAUAUGCAACGCUGACAAAAAUCA